AUGAGUCGUCUUUACACUACAAGGAGGGAUGGUUUCUUCAAGACUCAGAUUGGAGACCCUUCAUCUUUUAAUGGACCUGCAGGGCGUGCCCUUGAAGUUGCUCCUGUGUUGAACAGAAAGGAAGAUAUUCAAAUUGGUGGUAACCUGGCUGAGCUACCUGCUCAUAGUUUAGCAAAAACAGUUGCUCCUAGCUCCUCCACUCAAAUUGGAUUUAUAAAUUUGCCUAACCAACUACACAGAAAGGCUGUUCGUCGAGGCUUUGAAUUUAAUAUAAUGAUUGUUGGUGCUUCGGGUCUCGGCAAAUCAACAUUUAUGAAUGCCCUAUUCCUCUCUGAUAUUUAUAAUGCAGAAAACUUGGGACCAUCUAAGCGCUACAGAGCUUCUAAAGCACCGUCCAAUCCUAACUCAUCUCGCCCGGUUGAUGCAUUCACAUUUCAACUUCGCGAAAAUAGCGUACGACUUAGAUUAACCGUCCUUGAUGCUCCUGGCUUUGGUGAAGCCCUUGAUAAUUCCACAUGUUGGCAACCCCUAGUUGACGCCAUAGAUGACAGAUUCGAAGCCUAUAUGAGCGCAGAGAGUCGAGUAUCGCGAACCACCGUCGGCUCUGGUUCAUACGGACUUUCUCCCCAACUACCU